UGAUGUGGAGAACCUGGUAUUUACCUUCCAGCACCAUCAGCGAUCUUGAUCGCUCAACUCUGCGGGCGGUUCUUUAUUUGCUAUACGGCAGGCUACGCUGACGGAGCUCAAUGACUGAUUGACUGGACCUGCAAAAUGAGCCUUGUUUAGCUCCAUUCGUUCCUGAUUCCUGAAACGGGGAACAACAGACCCACCGGGCCGACUGCAGUUACUGAAGGCUCCCGUUCAGAAGAGACAGCCUCCUGGCUUGGCUCACGGGCUAUCGCGGCUGACCGCAUUCACCAGAGAGGAGCCCCAGGAGAGGAGGUGACAGGCGACUGACGGCAUGGCCUCUACGGGCCUACAGCUCUUGGCUUUUGCCCUGGCCUUGCUAGGGUUUUUAGGGGUGAUUGCGGCUACCCUGUCACCCAGCUGGAAGGUCAGCCUGGAAGUGGGCUCGAAUAUCAUAACAGCCAUCACGCAGCUGCAGGGGCUCUGGAUGGACUGCACAUGGUACAGCACGGGGAUGUUCAGCUGCACGCUGAAAUACUCAAUCCUCGCCCUCCCCGCUCACAUCCAGGCUGCGCGGACUGCCAUGGUGCUGGCCUGCAUCCUCGCGGCUUUCGGGAUUUGCGUCUCAAUGGUGGGGAUGAAGUGUACACGGUUGGGGGGCAGGGGCGGGGUGACCAAAAGCUACACUGCUUUCGCUGGUGGAGCCUGCUUCAUCCUCGCCAGCAUCUUUGGCUUGAUCCCAACCUCGUGGUACACAAAGGAGAUUGUUUCCAAUUUUCUAGACCCGAGGGUCCCUGGCAGCAGUAAGCACGAACCCGGGGGAGCCGUGUAUGUUGGAUUUGUUUCCGCGGGGCUUCUGUUUUCCGCGGGUGUGAUUUUCUGCGCUUCUUGUUUUACAAAGCAGGAAGAGGAGUGGAACUGCCCACCCAAGAAGCAGCAGUUUCCCACUCUGCAGUCAGAGAACGGUGCAGGAUAUAACCUGAAGGACUAUGUGUAAAUGCAAUUGUGUAUUCUUCCUGUAGUAUUUGGGGUACCAAGGGUGUUUUUAUUUACUUUGAAAAAAACAAAUCAAAAACCACCCUUGGGUCUACUGACCUAAGAUUUUAAAAUAUCAGCAACCCUAUUGUCUAGGAUUAAGUCUGCCCUAAGAUUUGUUCGUGUAUGGCCAACUGUUUACACUCUAUCUGUCUCAACCAAAAACCAAAAUACAGCCAAACGCAUCAAGUGUUACAAAUUAAUUGAUGGAUAACCUUCCUUUUUGCGCUGCCAGUUGAAGCAUCAAUAUAAUCUUGUUUAUAUGGAUUUCUUUUCACCAGCAAUGUAUCAACUGCUGUUUAAUACUCCUGUUUUUAUUAGAGCAUUCAACUAAACUUCCAACCAUUUUGAAACCUCUUCUUCUGCUUUUAAUCAAAUAUAACAUCUGCUUUUCCUUUCUAGUCCUCAAAUACCAUAGUAACAAAUUUAUUUCUUUUUUUAAGGCACAUUGUGCAAACUGCAUAUCAGGAGCUGAAGAACUGCCACUGCCAUUGAGAUAUUGCCAAAAAUGCCAUCCCCCACUUCUUCUUCUACCCUCUAAACCCUCGACCUGCUGGGGUUAUUUUUUAUUUCAAAGAGAUGUCUAUAUAACAUUAUCCACUGCUGCCAAUUUUACCAAGAAACUCUGGACAGACCUAAGCAAAUGGAGUUGGCAAAUGUCAUCAUGACAAAGAAAAUAUUUAGAACCUUUAACUCACUGAAUACAAUCUAUGGAUAAAGAAAAUAUCCUCAGGUUUUUCAGUAAUGUUCACUGCAGUUCCUUCAGUCUUUUAGGUGUCCUAACACUUUUAUUUCACAUCAAAUUUACUGCUACAAACAAAAAACGUGAAUGGCAGCAGCUUAAUUUUUUUUAAUUCUUUGCCAAAUUUUUCCAACUUGACUCAAUUUAACACAGUGACUAUUGUUUUCAUUUCUGCUGAGCUGUUUCCAUAAAGAAAUUAUUUCAAAUCCUAUCCUAAGGGAUAAUAAAAAAAAACAAAAAUUGGCUAAAACAAGUAUAUAAGGCAAAAGGGAUUUUUGUUGAAAGCAGUGUUGGCUUCAAAGAAAGAAAGUCUUAUAUUCCCUGUUAAAGUCUAAGAUAUGUAAUUGUUCUGUUCCUUAUUGGUGUUAUGUCUCACUACUAUAUGUGUUGUAGUUUUAAUACCACAUAAGAGAAAAUUUCCAUAAAGAAAGGAAAUAAGGCAUCAAGAGUGUGGAAAAGCAGACAAAUCCUCAAAAAUGGACUUUUGAGAAGGGG